UGAGGACUGUUGUUGUGCGUAUCAAUACAGUGCCUACGGUAACCGAAGCUGCAGACGAGGUAGCUCGUCGCGCUUCGAGGUACGACACUGAGGAAGAGCAUUCAGAGUCACUGCGAGAUACAAAACAUCAGUUUUGGCCUAGACUGGUUGGUUUACAGAGAUAUCCAAAGCGAUUGUAUCGGCGACUACUGCCGACAGUUUGCAUAGCCAGCCCCGCUGUACUGCCGGGAAAAUGAGGCUCAGCCCCGGCUUCCUGAAGGUGCAAGCUGCAUCCAAUGGGGAUCGCGUCGUCCUUUCGCUUUCAAACAUCGGCCAGCCCGAUGCACCACUUCAUUUUAUUGCGGUCCCAAUUGAUGGAUUCUGACAUGGACUAUGAGAGGCCAAACGUUGAGACUAUCAAGUGCGUGGUGGUGGGGGACAACGCCGUGGGGAAGACCCGCCUCAUCUGCGCACGAGCCUGCAACGCCACGCUCACGCAGUACCAGCUGCUAGCCACACACGUGCCCACGGUCUGGGCCAUCGAUCAGUACCGCGUCUGCCAGGAGGUUCUGGAGCGGUCCAGGGAUGUGGUGGACGAUGUCAGCGUGUCACUACGCCUCUGGGAUACUUUUGGGGAUCAUCACAAGGACCGGCGCUUUGCCUACGGCAGGUCGGAUGUUGUGGUGCUGUGCUUCUCCAUCGCCAACCCCAACUCUCUGCACCAUGUGAAGACCAUGUGGUACCCUGAGAUCAAGCACUUCUGCCCCCGUGCCCCUGUCAUUCUGGUCGGCUGCCAGCUGGACCUGCGCUACGCUGACCUGGAGGCUGUGAACAGGGCACGGCGCCCCCUAGCCAGACCAAUUAAGUCCAAUGAGAUCCUGGCACCGGAGAAGGGCCGCGAGGUGGCCAAGGAGCUGGGCGUGCCGUACUACGAGACGAGCGUGGUGGCGCAGUUCGGGGUGAAGGACGUCUUCGACAACGCCAUCCGAGCCGCGCUCAUCUCGCGCCGCCACCUGCAGUUCUGGAAGUCCCACCUCCGCAACGUGCAGCGUCCACUCCUGCAGGCUCCCUUCCUCCCGCCCAAGCCCCCGCCGCCCAUCAUCACCGUGCCCCCGCCCCCCUCCUCCACCGAGGAGCACCCCGGCCGCCUGCUGGAGGACCCCCUCUGCGCCGACGUAGUGCUGGUCCUCCAGGAGCGCCAGCGCAUCUUCGCCCACAAGAUCUACCUGGCCACCGCCUCCUCCAAGUUCUACGACCUGUUCAUCAUGGACCUGUGCUCCCAGGAGAGCGAGGAGGAGGCGCGGCCUCACCGCCCCCCGCCCCUCAGCGGGCGGGAGCUGCUGAUGCGGGCGGCCAGCUUCGACGUGUGCGAGAGCAGCGAGGAUGGCAGCCGGGCCGGCCUACGCGCCUGCACCAGCGACGGCACCCUGAGAGGCGGAGACCGGCGGGGGAGGAUGCUGUCCGCCUGGAGCCGCGCCUUCGUCAGCAUCCAGGAGGAGCUGGUGGACGACCCCGUCACCUACAACCCCAGGCUGAUGACGGUGGUGCGCAUGGACCCCUCGGUGCAGCUAGGGCCCUUUCGCGCGGUGCUGCGGUACUUGUACACAGGGCAGCUGGACGAACACGAGAAGGAGCUGAUGCACAUCGCCCACAUCGCCGAGCUGCUGGAGGUCUUCGACCUGCGCAUGAUGGUGGCCAACAUCCUCAACAACGAGGCCUUCAUGAAUCAGGAGAUCACCAAGGCCUUUCACGUGCGCCGCACCAAUAGGGUUAAGGAGUGCCUGGCCAAGGGCACGUUCUCAGAUGUGGUCUUCAAAUUGGAUGAUGGCACCAUCCUGGCCCACAAGCCUCUGCUCAUCUCCAGCUGUGACUGGAUGGCAGCCAUGUUUGGGGGGCCCUUUGUGGAGAGCUGCACUAAAGAGGUUCUGUUCCCCAACACAACACGCAGCUGUAUGCGGGCAGUGCUGGAGUACCUGUACACCGGACGCUUCUGUUCACGGCCCGACUUGGACGCCAUGGAGCUUAUCGUCCUGGCCAACCGCCUAUGCCUGCCUCACCUGGUGGCCCUUACAGAGCUGUACACAGUCACAGUUCUAAUGGAGGCCGCCAUGAUGGGGGCUGAUAUCGACGGGGAUGUGCUGGUGUACCUCGAGAUGGCUCAGUUCCACUGUGCCCAUCAGCUCACUAACUGGUGCCUUCAUCACAUCUGCACCAACUACAACAGUGUUUGUCGCAAAUUCCCCAGAGACAUGAAGGCCAAGUCCCCAGAGAACCAGGACUACUUUGAGAAGCACCGCUGGCCUCCAGUGUGGUACCUGAAAGAGGAUGAUCACUACCAGAGAGCGCGAAAGGAGCGGGAGAAGGAGGACUACCUGUACCAGAAACGCCAAUGCAAGCGCAAGUGGCUCUUCUGGAACCUUCCCUCCACCUCCACCUCCUCCUCUUCUGGUUCCUCAGCUGUAGUCUGAACGGUUUCAUGAGGAGGUGCUGGGCACAAAUCUAGAAACCGGAGGGAUGGGUGUGGAUUGUGACGUUUCACCAAGGCUGGUGCCAGCGAGCUCAUUCAGGCCCAUCCUCUCCAUAGCUGUGUCUGCAACGGAGCUGUGCUUUCCCAGGUCCAAGAGAUCUCUCAUGCUGUGAAGGGGAAAGUGGUACAGUUGUUCAAGGCUGUUUUUUGUUUUGUUUUGUUUUUUUUGCUGCUGGGAGAUUUAUGCCCUCACUCCUGCACAGUUUGACAGAGCACAGAGAUGUUCAAACUUUGCCUACAUCUUCAGACUCUGGAUGCCUGAUGUCCUGUUUGGAGGAAGUGCAGCCAAUAACUGAUGCUGACAGUAUAUUGCUGUUAUUUCUACAGUCACCACCAGAUGGAGUGAAACCUGAAUAACCUCAAGAAAGUUUGCAUGGUGGCUCCUGGACUUGUCUGUUCUUGAAAUUGAUAACCAAAUGCUUAUCAGCUGCAACAGAACAAACAGCAAAGACAGACAACCAGCAAAAAAACAGCAAAACAAGUCUCAGCCGUUCAACAUUGAUUUCAGAAAACACUUAAUAACAACUCCCAUGCCAAUAUUAUCACUGUCUAAGCUACUGUUCAACCAGUGGACCUCAAGGACACAGACAUAGUAUCUUGAUCAAACAAAAUGGAUGUAAUUGGUCCAACACUGCAGCUUGAAGUCUUGCUGAUUAGGCAAUUACUUUGAGCGAAAAGAGUAACAUUAAAGACACUCUUCACACUCCUAAACAACAGUCAAGAGUUCUGAAUUGAUCUUGAAGGAAAAGCCGAAGCUUUGAAUUCUUGGUUGUGAUGUUUCUAUACAUGUGGGCGUUUUGUGUUAAGUGGUGGCUCUGAUGUGGAAGUGAUAGUGUGUGUGCCCCGUGUGCUGUCUGUACAGUAUCUUAGUCUGUGUCCCCGUGCCAGAAAAAGGGCUUCUAUUAGUAAUGUGGCAAGUCACACAUGCUCUACAGAAGACUUUUUAAAGCCAGUUAAUGGUCUGGAGUCAAGGGAACUUCUGUCACGUCAGCCUUUUACUCUUGUAAUUUCACUGAAAACGAAAUCUUGUGUUUCUGUUUUGAAAUGAUUGAAUGUUUAUUUCGAUAUGUUUUGCACUAUGAAAUCAGGUUUCUUUUUUUUUUUUUAAGCUGCAAAUUGUACAUUCUUAAGGCUUGUGCAAUUUAUCUGACACCUACAGCUGCACAGGUUUAUUUUGCAGGUUUCAUUGGCAAACACCACUCUCAGCAAGAACAUCUUCUGUGCUAACAAAAUGUAAAAAUAUAUAUAUAAAAAAAGAGGUAACACUAAGACAGUGUUUUUCAAAGCAGUGGCAAAAGUAGUGAUUGGUUCUUCUGGGAAGGUUCUUCUAAGUGAACCUGUGCUGUGCAAAGAUGAGAGUAACCAAAGGUUUAUUCUGAAUUUAAAAAAGAAUAAUAGAAAAGUAGACCGAUUUAUUUGCCAUUUUGUUGGCGGCGCUGAUGAUGCUCACAUGGAGGUCUGCCUCAUGCCUGAGCCUGUUCAUCUCCCUCUUCCUCCUCAUCACCAUUUGAGAACUCCCCACAGAAAGUCAUAUUUACCACUGUGCUGAUGAGAGCCUGAGUCAGGAACACCACAGAUAGCACUGAAGCCUCAACAGUGUCUCAUGGCCCCCUACGUUAGCACCAACCAUGUGGAGACAGAUGGACACUGGAGCAUUGCCCAGGAAAUCCAGAAUGAGUUCAUCUGUGAGAAUCAUGAACCUCUCCAGUAUCUUGUUAAAAUCAAGUGCAGUCAACUCAGUGUACACUUUCAAGAAGUUCAAUAAAGUGUUUUCUUUUAAUAUAUAUAUAUAUAUCUGUGAUCUUCUCAGCUGUCUUUGGAAAGAAGGUCAGUUGUCUUGCAGUGCUUUAUGAGCAAUGUAAAAAUUAGAUGCUGUUGGCUUGGAAGGCAAGACUGGACUAUUUCUUUUCUUGAUGUUGUUGUCGUUUAUUCAGGUUUAUUGUUCAGUGGACUGUUUUUUAAGCCCAUAGGCUCUUCCUAAGGCAUGUGUUGCCGUGCAGUGUUGAUGAAAACUGUAGGCAGUUGCCUACUGAGCAAAUGAAAAAAGAAAAAAAGUUUUAAAAAAUACCAACACGUACCUGAUGUAUAGCAACCAUACUUGAUGUGUUACUCAUGCCCAUUUAAAGCGAUAACGUUAUGUGCUUGUAAUAAAGUGUAUGAUAAUCCCUAUUUUUAUAUUAACAGUACGGCACACUCCCUUGCACCUUGUAUGCACAUGCACAACAUGAAUUGCAUUUACAUGCACGUAGUGACACAUUUAUGAAGUGUGCAAAAACUACUUGCACAAUUUACUUCAUAUGCUAUGGAUUUCCAUUGAAAAUCUAAACGCUAUCUGGAAAUGUUUCUGCUUGACUGCUCAAAGGCAAAAGUAGAAGGCAUGUGCAAGACUAAAACUGUGAUAUUAAAGUUACAGAUGGGUAAAAAAACUAAACGCAGUUGUUAACAGUAUUGUUUUUAGAGUAAAUGAAAAGGAAAGGCACACACAUACAGUACAGUAAAGGGAUGUCUGGGGUCAGUUUUGUUGUUGAUACCAAUGGAAAGAUGAAGAAAUAAAAUGAUUGUUUAUAGCUGCAGUUACCUGUAGUGUGUCCCAGUUAGACUUGUCCCUCCUUUUUGUGAGGUCUGUACGAUUUCGCUUUGUAUUGUGGUAUUCCAUUACAACCCAGUUGUAUUUAAAUAACUCCAUUGUAAUUCAGUCACCAGGCUGACAACAGUAAGUCUUAUGGGCUAAGUUGUACCAUAUUAUGUUACAGGAAGUAAAGUGAUAGCGAUGUAUUACGCAUUUGUGCCAUAAUGCACAUUGUGUUAUCCUCUUAUUGUUGUCAUUAUGCCUCGGAAGCAUUGUGAGUGUAUCAUUUGUGCACAUUAACAAAGAGAGAAGAAACCAUAAGUAGUUUUUCAUUUGAGACUUGUGGGUGAAUUUCUUUGUAUGUAUAAUAAUCCAAGAUAUCUAGAUGAUGGUAUGAAGCAGAAAUGCACUUGACUGGCUUCUCUCAUUAACUGAUGCACUGCAUGAGACAGGACACCUCAUGCCUUAAUUUAUUAUGUGUGCAGUAUGAUGGUAAAUGUAUGUACAGUAUAUGUUUGUGAAAAUGUGUUUAUGGAUACAUACACAAUGUGAACCCACAUGUAUUCCAUUGUAUAACUGUGCCAUUCUACCCCAUCCUCUGACACAGACCACAUGCUACGUCAAAUUAAUGCAGGAAACCCCACUUUUUAUUUAUGAAUAUCUACUAGGUUCUUCAGAUGGAUUUGUGUGUGUGUGUGUGUGUGUGUGUGUGUGUGUGUGUGCGCGCAUUACAACCUAUGAUGGAUAAGGCGUGUAAGUCCAAGCUUUAAAAGUAGUUGGUACAACCUGAGGUUUUGUGGCUGUUGGUAAUGAACCCAUACAUUUUAUUUUUAAAAAUAGAUGCUAACCGAUUCUGUGCACUAGGCAGUAAGAUAUAGCUGAGCUUGUGCGAAUCGCCUGUGCAUCUCCAGCAAAUGCCGCCCCACUCUCGCCAGGUGAGCUUCAGUAGUCUUUGGAGCCGAGACACUCAAAGCUUGGACUAGAAAACAUCAGGUGCUAAGUGCAACAACAAAAAAAGUUUUUACUCAGAACUUCUGGAGUCCCUCUCCACGUGUUUAGGUGCUAAUACCAGCGCUGCAGAGAAGCACAAACCAAAGGGAGCUUAUAGCAGCACCAGGAAAAGAUUAUGCUGUACAAUCACUAUAGCGUAGAAUCGUUUUAAUAAAGAAGCCUUGUGACGUUAAUGGCUGAAUACAAAACUUGAAUGUUUUCUCAACGUUAUACUGAAUUGACCUUUUCACUAUAUAAGUGUCAUUUUAGUUGUUCUAGGCAUAAAAUUAAAUAAUAAAACGGUUGUUUGUAUCGUUUGUUAGGAGCCGUAAAUCUGGAAUUCUGUAGCAUGUGUCCUUGAACAUGUGUAAAUAAUGUUUAUUUAUUAAAUGAGUAAGCAAUUAA